AUGCUUCUUAGACAGCUUCAGGCGAAAACUCGCCAAAUUGGAGGUCGAGGAGCCGACACUUCACGCUGUACAGACGUUCUUGAUGGCUUGUCGUUCUACACCAUCCGGGCUCGACCUCAUGAUACUAAAAAAAAGGAUGUCAAAAUGGGAACAAAGUGCAGUCACCGACACGGAGCUAGACGUCGCACCUUCAAAUGCAAUGACGCCGUUUUUGUCAGGGACUACAGAGGACCGAGGCACUCCUGGAUCGCUGGAACAAUUGUACGACGUCUUGUGAAUACUACUCAUUACAUAGCGCACUGCCGGAACUUACUAUGA